AUGAAAAUUGGUUCGGGUCGUUCUUGUAGAACUCCAUCAUCAUCAGGUUCAAUAGGAUUUCAUAGCAAUUCAUUGUAUCGUAGAAAUAUUGGAAAGAUGAAUUUGCUCAUGUUUUUUGUUACACUGGUGAUCAGUUUAUCAAUACUUCAUACAUCAUCUUCAACAUCGCCAUCAUUUGGAGUGAUGGCCAUUUAUACGGAAAUAUAUGCUGGAAAAUCUGUCUGCUUUGCCGAAGAUAUCACUCCUAAUACACCAGUCAUAGUAACAUAUACAGCACCAAGUACAGUUGUGUUAUCUACCUUGACAAUAAGAGAUCCAUUUGGAGGUGUAGUUUCGGAAGAGAAGAAUUUCCCAUCAAAUGGACCUCACAAGGUUCAAUUCAAAACACGUUUUGAUGUUUCUGGAAUGUAUGAAAUUUGUAUCAUGCCAACACAAUUUGCUUCGAUUCACGUUUAUGGAGAGCCAACCUAUGCUGCUAUUAAUAUUGAAGUGGAUAGAGAACAUACGACUAUGGAUCAUCCGGAAAGCAAGGACAGAGUAGAGAAAUUAUCAAAUUUAUUAACAUCAGUGCAAGGGAAAAUUAACGAAAUCAAUGCUCACCAGAACUACUUGAAAGAAAGAGAGGCCCGAUUUCGAUUCACAACUGAUAGUACUUAUGAAAGAUGUUUUUGGAUGGGUGCUGGAAAGUUUGGAUUGUUAUUUGUUCUAGCUGCUUGGCAAUUGUACAAUCUUCGUUCCUUCUUCAAGAAGAGGAAAUUAAUUUAA